AUGGAGCUUUUACUCUGCCUUCUCUUCUUCCUCUCGUUAGUGGCGGGCCGGCCGAGUCAUACCACUUGGCGCCUGUUCUCCGCCCGCGAUGAACUUCAAAGGCUCACCUCGCUCGUCGGGGACGCUCAAAAUUCUGUCCCGGAUGACGAUCGCCACCUCUCCACUGCCUCCGGCGAGUGCCUCGGCCUCUUCAGGCUCGCCGAAGAUGCCCUCCGAUGGAGCGUUUCCGACGGAGACCCUAAAACCACCCCUUCCACCGGAGAUCAUCUCUCCGACUUGCACUCCUGGCUGACUGCCGCCGCCGGAUACCUCAUCGACUGCAAGGACGGACUCAACCUCGCCGGCGUCCAUGGCGGCGGAAUCGCACGCAGGCUCCAUCGCACGUCCUCUCUGGUCACAUCCGCGCUCCGAGAGGUCGCGUCCCUGUCCGCCGCUCGCGGCAGGAGGCUGGUGCAGGGGUUCCCGGACUGGGUGCCCGCCGACCACCUUAGACUAAUUAUGGGCGACGAUUUAAUUAUCAAAGCGGAUGUGGUGGUGGCGCAGGACAAUACCGGGAAUUACACGACGUUGGGGGACGCGCUGGCGGCGGCGCCGGAACACGCUGAUCGGUACGUGAUUUAUGUGAAGAAGGGAGUGUACAAGGAGUACGUGGAGGUAAGGAAGCCUAACUUGACGAUCAUGGGAGAAGGCAUGAAUGAGACCAUCUUCUCCGGCGACCGGAACAAUGCCACUGGCAACGGCACCGGCUCCUCGGCCACUUUCACUGUUUCGGGUCCACGUUUCAUAACGAUCAAUCUGGCGAUCGAGAACACGGCGGGGCCGAAAGCAGGGCCAGCGGUGGCGCUCCGCUCCGACUCCGACCUCUCCGUCUACUAUCGCUGCCAGAUCUCCGGCUACCAGGACACGCUCUUUGCCUCAUCCAACCGCCAGUUCUAUCGCGAGUGCCGUAUCUUUGGCACCGUCGACUACAUCUUCGGCAACGCCGCCGCCGUCUUCCAGCGGUGCGACAUCCUCUCCCGCCUCCCUCCCCACGGGAACGCCGACACCAUCACGGCUCAAUCCCGCGAGCUUAAAGACCAGAACUCCGGCUACUCCUUCCAGUUCUGCAACGUGACGUCGGCCGGCGAGGACCUCCCCGCCGCCGAAGUAGACGUCUUCCUCGGCAGGCCGUGGAGGAACUACUCGCGGGUGGUGUUCAUGCAGUCGUACCUGGACUCGUCGAUUCCGCCGGCGGGGUGGUUGGACUGGGAUGGCCGCGGCUCAACGGCGGACUACGGCGAGUUCCAGAACUACGGGCCGGGUUCAAGUUUGGCCGGACGGGUCAACUGGACCGGAUAUCAUAUCCUGAACAAACCGGCCGAGGCGGCCCCGUUCACGGCCCACGAGUUGAUCAAUGGCGACAGCUGGUUGCCGUCGACCGGCGUACCGUACACGCUCGACCUGAACGUGACCAAUUCUUAG